AUGCCGAGUUUAGGAGGCCUGCUGAAGAAGAGGCGAACGAAGGAUUCUCAAACCCUCUCGUCGGAGCUGCCCCCAUCCUCCGAGAACCAUUCUCCCCCCGACACCCACGAAGAAAGCGCCUCCAUGCAACCCGCCGGGAGCUCACAAGCUUCUCCGCAGCAGCCCAACAAUGCCGCCAGCAUUAACAACCUCAUAAACAACCCGGACCAUGCCUCGCAGACGCAACAGCACAGCUCCGCCCACGGCCACAAUGUUGACUCGCCCCAUCAGCACCAGCAUCAGCACCAGCACCAGCAAAAGCAGGAGCGCACCACCAAGGGCAAGUACUCACAAGAGGACUUCCUGCUGCAGCGCACCCUUGGCACCGGGAGCUUCGGUCGGGUUCAUCUCGUCCAGUCCAAGCACAAUCACCGCUUCUACGCUAUGAAGGUUCUCAAGAAGGCUCAGGUCGUCAAGAUGAAGCAGAUCGAGCACACCAACGACGAGCGCCGAAUGCUGAACCGCGUCCGGCAUCCGUUCCUGGUGACUUUGUGGGGAACCUGGCAGGACUCGCGCAACCUCUACAUGGUGAUGGACUUUGUUGAAGGCGGCGAGCUGUUCAGUCUGCUGCGGAAAUCCCAACGAUUCCCCAACCCAGUCGCCAAGUUCUAUGCCGCCGAAGUGACAUUGGCCUUGGAGUAUUUGCACGCCCAUCAGAUUAUCUAUCGUGAUCUGAAGCCAGAGAAUCUGUUGCUGGAUCGUCAUGGUCACCUUAAGAUUACUGAUUUCGGCUUCGCAAAAGAAGUGCCCGACAUCACCUGGACGCUGUGCGGUACACCCGACUAUCUCGCCCCAGAAGUAGUUUCUUCCAAGGGCUAUAAUAAGUCUGUCGACUGGUGGUCAUUGGGAAUUCUUAUCUUUGAAAUGCUAUGCGGGUUCACCCCCUUCUGGGAUAGCGGCUCCCCCGUCAAAAUCUAUGAGAACAUCUUGCGAGGCAAGGUCAAGUACCCGCCCUAUCUCCACGACGAUGCCGUCGAUCUGCUGUCGCAGCUUAUCACCGCCGAUCUGACCAAGCGUCUGGGUAACCUGCACGGGGGCCCCGAAGACGUCAAGAACCACGCGUGGUUUGCCGAGGUCACUUGGGACCGACUGGCCCGCAAGGAUAUCGAUGCACCCUAUAUCCCGCCGAUCCGUGGCGGCCAAGGUGAUGCAAGCCAGUACGAUAAGUAUCCCGAAGAGACAGAGCACUAUGGCAUGGAAGGUGAAGAUGCAUACGGCCAUCUGUUUCCCGACUUCUAA